UACGUUUGGCAAUUUAGCAGAAGUGAGGUUAGCAGGCAGUUAAACCUCUUCCUAAGCCCUCGGCACACGCUACUGAUCCUCCAUCAGCAAUGGCGGGUGCGCGUUGUGCCGCCCUUUCGCCCCUCACACCUUCCAUUAACCCAACCGCCACAACGCGUACGAAACCGCUUGUGUUAGCUUGUCUUCCAAAACCCACCAAGAGAAAAAACUAUCUCCGCCCCAAAAUCCUCAAAACCCUACCUAACCUCAUCCCAAACCCCGUAAUUCCCAUCCUAUCCCCCGAAACCGAAACCGAAACCGAAACCGAAACCCCUCUCGAACCCCACCUCGAUUCCAAGUCUCCAGUUGACGGAAUCUCCAGCGAUAACUACGCCGCCGAUAAGGUCGAUGAAUUCCGAGCAUCCGAGACAUCGGCAGAACAUGAUAGCAUUGUCGGUAAAUUUUCGACCAAGUCUGUCCUCAAGUACGGUGCAUAUUUGGUUGGGAUCUUUGUGUUUCAAACAUUCUGUGCUGUUUGGAUACUGGGAAAUGCCAAUACUGAUAGAAAAGAAAGAAAUUUGGAUAAUUCGGAUUUGGGUAUUGGUGAAAACAAUAAUGGGAAGUUUUUGUUGGGUGAAAAUGGAAUUGGGUAUGUGCAAGACGAUGAAUUGGAAAGAAAAAUUGAAGAGAUUAGAGCAAUGGCUAGGGAGGCGCGAAGGAGUGAGGCGAAGGCGGUGAAGGAAGAUGUUGAGGAUGAUGAUGAUGAUGACAUUGGUGAAGAGAGCGUGGUUUCUAGGCAGAGAGUUGGCAUUGAGAAGGAGAUUGGUGCAAGAUUGAUUAAGUUGCAGAAGAAGUUGAAUUCAGCUCCGGAGGGGUUACCGGGGUUGUUUGUUAAUUAUUUGGGGAUGUCUGGGAAGGGGGAAGAUAGGGUGAGUAGGGAUAGUUCGGAUUCGAAUGAGGCGAAUGGGACGUUGAUGUUUAAGAAAAAGUUUAAGUUUAGCCCUUCAACGAAGCGGGUUGAUGGUCCUAAGGGAUUUGGAGGCACCAGAGAUCGUAAUACAAAAAAGAGUGGUUCCGGUAGUGUUGGUAAAAUGAGUGGAAAUGGAAGUGUUGAUGAUGAUGGUGUGGAAUUGUUGGACCUUGAAAUGCAGGUGAACAAACAGCAUACUGGCCAUCAGGAAAGACGGAGAUCAGAUUUGGAAAAGGAAAUGGGAUUUGGAAAUGCCAAACGGAGAAAUGGUUUCUUCCGGGAGACUGGUCUAGAGAGGCCUUCAGUUGAAGUAGUAAAUUCGCAACAAUACGUAAAGAUGGGGACUCAUCAUUCUCAAAGAUUCGCAAAUGGAAAACCUGAAACUACCACCACAUCUGAUAAGCAUGCUGUUUUGAGUAUAAAUGGCAGUUCAAAACAAAGAGAAGUUGGAGAUGAAACGCUGGCUAACAAAUUCAGAGAAAAGCAACCAAAAAAUGAGACUGAUUUCUGGUGGUUGAGUCUUCCUUAUGUUCUAGUUAUACUGGUGCGUAGGGGUUCUGAGGAUGAAGGACAGGGAGGACUGUACACCUUAAAGACUGCGUCUCAGGCCCAGGAACAGAGUAUCUCUUCCUAUACUGUUGCUUUCGAGGAUCAAGUUGAUGCCAAAAACUUCUGUUUUCUACUGGAAUCAUUUUUUGAAGAACUGGGUGAUUUUAGUGCUGACAUUGUUCCUUUAUCAAUAAAGGAACUUCUGGAAGCAGCAAAAGCAAAUGCCAUGAAGGUAAUUGUUGUGAAGAAGAGGCAGAUUCAGCUCUAUGCUGGCCAACCAUUUGCUGAUGUUGAGAUGGCUUUGCACUCUUUGGUCGAAGGAGAUUAGAGUGACUGUACGCCAAAUUCAAGAUAGAAUGUGAUUAUUGUUUCUCAUCAUUGCGCUCCAAAUUUAACCAGAACUACCCUCCAUCAAUGCAUUAUUUCCUGGUGGUUGUGGAAUAUGCAAAGAAUUUUGUCUACCUUGGCUCGUAAAGUUUUGAUAGCGGCGAUUCUGCAAGAGGAAUUGAAUUAAGUGGGAAAAGAUAGCCUGCAGUUAUUACUACUGGGAACAAUCCGUAUAACAUUAUUCAACUUUUCACUUAAGUUGGUGGCUUUUUGUUGCAGACAUCUUAGCAUUUGAUAGUUGUAUAUGUAGUUGGGCUGAAGGAAGAAGCUAGAAUCUUUCGUUGAAACUAAAGUUGGGCUGAGCAAGUAGUUUUUAGUAUUAGGCCAAAUUUACCUGUUGCAUUUCUCUAAAAUUAAAUGAGAACAGCUUCGAAUUCAUAUAAGAUCCAAAUAUUUUAUUUUAUUA